CGGCUGCCAGUUGAAUCGCAGCAGCUCCGGAGCUCUAAUCUGCGUUUUUCUACCGUCUUCCUUUUGUUUUUGUCGCCCGUGUGCGCGUCUCUUUCUGUGUGUUUUUUUUCUCUCUUUCUUCCUCCCCUUCUCCCUGUUUUUUUUUCCGCCGUGUUCUGCUGGGGACUUGUGAAUGGCAGCCAAUGGGAGGGUUGAGUCCCCUCACAGCCUCUCAGCCUCCCUGACAUCCACAGCGAGAAGUGAUGCAGCGCGACUGAGACGCGCAGUUGAGGUGGAACAACGGGCAACCGGAAAGCUGCAGUGAACGGAUACUCUCCGACGGUGUGUUUUUUUCUUUGCUUUUGCGCCUUUUGCCACGAAAAUCUGGAAGAAACUUCACUAUCAGGUGCCGGUUGCCGCCCCACGUCAGUCUGAGGAGCCUCUUCCUGUUUCAGUAGAUUGCAGCAUGAGAGCUGAUCCAAUACUCUGACCGAAGAGACGACAGAAGGCCGUUGGAGGUGGUUGGUGGUUGGAGGUGGUGUGGCAGCCAUGGACGGGAGGAGAGUUUGCCUACUGAUGGUGCUGUGGGCCAUGACCCACCUCGGCUCUCCGGGGCUCGGCCUCAGGGCCCUGCGAAGGACUACAGGGGGGCGGAGGGCGGGACUGACGGGGCAGGACGCCAACGGAGUGCCGCUGAGACGCUCGAAACGAGGAUGGAUGUGGAACCAGUUCUUUUUGUUGGAGGAGUACACCGGGACGGACAUGCAGUACGUCGGAAAGCUUCACUCGGAUUCGGACCGAGGAGACGGCAACGUGAAGUACGUCCUCACCGGGGAGGGAGCCGGGUCGCUUUUCAAGAUAGACGAGAAGUCGGGGGACAUUCACGCCACCAAGAGGCUGGACCGCGAGGAGAAGGCCUACUACAUCCUCCACGCCAAAGCUGUCAACCGCUUCACCAACGAGGCGCUGGAGGGCGAGUCCGAGUUCAUCAUCAAGAUCCACGACAUCAAUGACAACGAGCCGCGCUUCACCAAGGACCCCUACAUGGCCAGAGUCCCUGAAAUGUCCGACAUCGGCACUUCGGUAAUUCAGGUGACAGCCACCGAUGCUGACGACGCCACGUACGGGAACAGCGCCAAGGUGGUGUACAGCAUCCUGGAGGGGCAGCCGUACUUCUCCGUGGACCCAGAAACCGGCCUGAUCAAGACAGCGCUGCCCGGCAUGGACCGAGAAGUGAAAGAAAACUACCAGGUUGUGAUCCAGGCCAAAGACAUGGCCGGACAGAUGGGCGGACUCUCCGGGACCACGACGGUCAGCAUCACCCUCUCGGACGUCAACGACAACCCGCCGCGCUUCACCAAGACUCUCUACGAGUUCAGAGUGCCCGAGUCCAAUGAGGUGGGGUCAGCGGUGGAAGUGAUCCGGGCCAUGGACGCCGACAUCGGCCAGAACGCGGAGAUGGACUACAGGAUCAUCGGCAGCGACGGCCCCGGGAUGUUUGAUAUCACCACCAACAGGAGCACGCAGGACGGCGUCAUUGUCCUGAGGAAGCCGCUGGACUUUGAGAGGAAGCGUCAGUACAGCCUCCGUGUCCAGGUGGAGAACUCCCACAUCAACCCUCGUUUCUACUCCAUGGGGCCCUUCAGGGACGAGGCCACCAUCAAGAUCGUGGUGGAGGACGUGGACGAGCCGCCGGUGUUCGAGCGAGCCAGCUACGUCAUGGAGGUGAAGGAGGACGCCGCCAGGAACACGGUCAUCGGAUCCGUCAGCGCCUCGGACCCGGACAAUAAAAGCAGCCCCGUCAGGUACUCCAUCGAUCGACUCACGGACAUGGACCAUGUAUUCAACAUUCACCCCGACAACGGGUCGGUGUUCAUCCUCAGGGAUCUGGACAGGGAGGAGAACGCCUGGCACAACAUCUCCGUCACCGCCUAUGAGCUGAACAACGCGCAACAGAUCAGCCGGGUGCCGGUAUACAUCAGAGUGCUGGACGUCAACGACAACGCUCCAACAUUUGCCACCAAUUACGAGACGUUUGUGUGUGAGAACGCCAAGGCUAAUCAGAGGAUACAAACCAUCAGCGCCACGGAUCCCGACGAGCCGCUCGUAGGACAUCGCUUCUUCUUCAGCCUUGCACAGGAAGCUGCAGGAAAAGCAAACUUCUCUGUCCGUGACAACAAAGACAACACGGCCGGGAUCCUCACACGGAGGAACAGCUACAGCAGCCUCCAGAAGAGCGUCUACCACGUCCCCGUGGUCAUUUCUGACGGAGAGUUCCCCAUGCAGAGCAGCACCAACACGCUGACCAUCAGGGUUUGCACCUGCGACCGCGAAGGCAACAUGAAGCUGUGCAACGCAGAGGCGCUAACGGCGAGGGCGGGACUCAGCACCGGGGCCCUGGUGGCCAUUCUGCUUUGCGUCAUCAUCUUGCUCAUGAUCGUGGUGCUGUUCGCUGCCCUGAGGAGGCAGAGGAAGAAGGAGCCUUUGAUCAUCUCCAAAGAGGAUGUCAGAGACAACGUCGUCAGCUACAACGACGAGGGCGGCGGCGAGGAGGACACCCAGGCCUUUGACAUCGGCACGCUGCGCAACCCGGAGGCCAUCGAGGAGAGCAAACAGCGGCGGGACAUCGUGCCUGAGACCUUCUACCCUCCGGUCCGACGGCCAGUUCUGCCCCCGACCCGGGACAAUAACGGGGACGUGAGGGACUUCAUCAACCAGAGGCUCCAAGACAACGACAGCGACCCGACAGCGCCACCUUACGACUCCCUCGCCACCUACGCCUACGAGGGCAACGGCUCGGUGGCCGAGUCCCUCAGCUCCCUGGAGUCGGUGACUACCGAGGGCGACCAGGACUACAACUACCUGAGUGAGUGGGGGCCGCGGUUUAAGAAACUGGCGGACAUGUACGGGGGUGACGACAGCGACAGGGAUUCCUAACGAGAGGCUCGGGACACAGACAAGGAAGUGACGUAGAAAACUUUCGGGCAGUUCUGGUGCAUGUGCGGCGAGUUAAAAGACAGAGGGAAGAGCUCGGUUUUGUCCAAAGCGCUCUUUCGCCGCCUUCGAUCACCAUUCAUUGUCCCUCUGGUGACCAGACGUAGGCUUUGUGUGUCCAGUCCGUGUUAGUUGCGUUUUUGCGAGGGCACAGUAAAAAGAGACUUUGUGUCGAGACUUUUUUUGUGUGUGUAUAUGGGGUGUACACAAGGCCCAAAUAUAUCUAUACCGAUAUUUUUUUUGUUUGUUUUGUUUCUUUUGGUCCGUUUUUUCCAAAGCUGCCUGUGAUGGACACACUCUACAAGCAGUUUUGUAAACCAACAGAUAUGCCUAUGUAUUUUUCAGUGUUUCUGGGACAAAAACAUGCUGCAUAUUGUGAGUUCUAUCUUAGCUUGUGUAUGUACGGUAACAUGAUACGAUACGCUGUACAGUUGUUUUGUUUUUCUAGGGAUUUCUAUCUUCCGAAUGAUCCCCCCCUUUUCAGUGACGGCUGCCUCACAUUAACCACCAUUGAGUUUGAGCCACGACGAGAAUCUUGCUCCGGAGAGGAUUGUGGGAUUUGUGGCUACAGAAAGGCACCACUUUGUCGUUUUUUUUUUUUUUCAGCUUCAAGCGUCCGCUGAGAUGAACCCAAAUACCAAAUAUUUCCCUCUUGUGCUGAAUGUUGUCGGAGCAGAUUUUUGAGAAGUGAAGUACACAACAGUGUUAUUUUCUACGCUACAAUGAAGAUCCUAGGCUCAGUUAGAAGAAAAAUGCUGGUCCUGUCAGCCUUUUUUCUCUUUUUUUGCUCACUUCACCCCACAACGUUGGAGGAUCAGUAAGUGCCGAGAUGAUUAUUUUCUUCCCCUAAAUGGUUAAUUUUAUCCGUUUCAGUGAUGAAGGAAAGACAGGAUUUGAAUCAGUGCAACAAGUAUUUCUAAUUUGAUUCUGUCCGUCUGUGAAGUCCAAUAAAUGAAUUAAGAGUUGCCUUAAAUUACAAAAGUCAAAUCUACACAAUGACAAAUUAGAUGUUCUCGAUUUUGGGGUUAAAAUGUACCACAUGACCAUCCUUACUUUCAAGUUUUUCUUUAAGACAAACUUAAGGUGGGGUGUCGCUUGUAUUUGAUCAAUUCUGCUCAUCGAUUCCAGUUCUUGAGAUUCUUACAACAGUCCUGCUUUCACAUUAAUGAUGUACUUUAUUAUAAGUGAUGAGACGUGUUUUUCCAGUAUCGAGUACUUUUCAUACUGACAAUGGCUUCCUUUGACUAACAGUUUCAACGCAGUACUUUUACAGUGUGGAAUUCAUACUUCCAUCUUCGUCAUCUAUCAACGUGAACACUUAAAAAUCAGAAGAAUUAGUGUAGUUACUGUUUUUUUUUCCACAGCCGCAACUUAUGAGGCACUGAAAUCGAAAACUUUGACGUAAAGAUCAAAAUAGGCCAUGACUACUUUACAUGAACGGCAGUCUUGUUCUGCAGAAUACAUAGAUUCCAACUUAUUCUAGGCUUCUAAAAGAACUAGAAAGUAGCGUAAUAACAACUAGUGGAGUUUAUAGCUGUUGAAUGAGCAGAAUAGUUACUGAAAAUAUUCGAAACUUUCAUGUUAACUUUGACGAAAUUAACAACAGUGAAGUCUAUUUCUUAAAAGUUGGGCUGCAACUAACAAUAACUUUCAGUGUCGACUGUUGUCUCAAUCAAUUAGUAAUUUGGUCUCUAAAAUCAUCGUUUCCCAAAGUCCAAUAUGUUUUGUUUUGUCCACAACUUAAAGAUAUUUAGUUUCUUGUCUUAGAAGAGGAAAGAAACUAGAGAAAACAAACAAUAACUUUGGCAAGAAAGUUGGCAAUCUAGUAGCUCUUUUUCCGUUGGCCGGCCAUUUAUGUAAACUUGAAUCUAAGAAUGUUUUCUCUUUUUCUUUAAUAAAACUACUCAAACUAAUUGAUAGAAUACUUGGCCGAUAAGUUCAUAGUUGACAACUGAUCAAAUAGUUGUGGCACUGAAGAGGCUGGAAUCUAAGAGUUUUUCUCAAAAUAGCUGGCAGUUAAUAGUUGACAACUAAUCAAUUAAUCGCUGUAGUUAGAAGACAAUCACAUUUUGCGCUCAUCAAAGUUUUACGAUUUAUCAUGACAAAUCUUUGGGACAAAUCAGCAAAAUUCAUUGAGGAACUGAUGAGCAGAAUCGAAAUCAAGUCUUCUUGAUGCCCAACCUGAUCUUGUUUGAUGGAGAUCGUCUGUCCUGCACAGUGGAAUGUAAAGUAACAUAGCAGUUCAAACGUGCCAAAAAAAGAAAAGUAACACCAGUAUUCCCCUUUAAAGUCAUUACUGUACUCGUUCAAAUGUUCAGGCCUCACCCGGCUGAUUUCCUCUGGGACAAACAGCCUUUUCCAUAAAGAUGCUCGUCGAGGAGCACCUGACCUUUGAGUGAAAUUAGGUUCUCAAACCCAGAAGGUUUCGUCAUCUGGGCGAAGAAGGUCAGAGCACCGUCCUCCAGCAGAAACACAAAUCUGAGGAGCGACUUUGAAAACAAAGAGGACGUGAAAAUGAAUCUUAAACAUUAUCAAAUUACUUUGAGACCUCCAAUAAACAGCUCGGGAGGGAGGGAGAAAAAACUCCCCCCCCGAAAAAAAAAAACAAAGCUGUGCCCUCGCUUUAGCUAAAGGCCAAACUGUGAGGAGGCUGACAUUUAUCAGACAUUUCAAACGGUAAUAACAAAACACAAUGACAUAAUUGCCAUUUUUUCUUCUUCUGCUCUCCAUCAGCCCAAUAAACAAGCCAAUUGAUAAGCCGGAGGACGUCAGGGAGGGGAAAGAAUUCUUUGAUGCUCGUGUACAUGCGUUCCCCUUGUUUUGUUUAUUAGCUUGUAGCCGGAGCUCCCAUUGUGUAAAGUGGCCAUUUUCCGACUGCGGCGGCGGCGCUAUGAUAAGCAUUUAAUGGGUUUAAAAACCCUUCAGUCUAAAAGGAAAACUGCUUCUCCGCCUCAAGGUACAAUGUGAGGUCUCAAAUGGAAAUCAACUUGACAGCGGCACUCACCGAAAACGGCUCUUUUUCUUCGGUCUUCACCAUUUUUCCGUCUUCAUACAGGGUGUCAGCAUAUCGCCAUUACGAAGACGCUCUUGUGUUUUCCUAUGGAGAGUAUAAUUGCCUCCGAGCAUUGGCGCCAUGCUCGGCUGAGAUAACAGGAAACAGGUCUUCUUGUUUUUUGUCGUCUUUUUUUUUUUGAGGCAACUAGAUGGUGACAAUGAUGUCCCCUUUAUUCUCCAGAUACAAUAGAUCUGUGGUUGUUGGUGUGUAGACUCGGUCGGGCCUCCGGGGCCUCGACUCCACUACGCUAUAAUAUGUUGGUGACAAUGUGAUCGAGCAGUUGAGUUUUGUCGAUGUAGAAGCAAAAAUUGGAGCGGUUGUGGUAGUGUAAGGGGCCAUUCAUCGAUCUGCUUUGUAAACCGUGAUAUUUUGUACUGAAUAUUUAUAUGACACAAUUAAAUAUCUUUAAAAAUCCA